GGCGUUCGGGUAUAAAUACAACCGUCGCGCGGUGCUUAGCAACAGUUGGAUUUUAGCAGUCGAAGUGACUACGUCUAAAGCUGUGAGCAACUUUGUCUUCUUUCUUUAAAAAGAAUUGGUGUAUUUGUGAAUUGAGUACAUCUGAAUAAUCAUGUCUCUUGUACCACUUUUGUUCUCUGACUGGUGGAAUGACCUGGAGCGCCCACAUCGUCUUGUUGACCAGAACUUUGGUCAUGGAUUAACUCAUGAUCAACUUAUUCCAUCUCACUUUUUGGAGUCCUAUGCUCAUCCUUCAUUACAUCCCUUGUGUAGACGCAAUCCAAUGACCUAUUACAGACCAUGGGGUGAACUCAUGCGUCAAAUGGAAGGUGGUGGCACUUCUACAGUCAAAGCUGACAAAGAUAAGUUUCAAGUGGUUCUUGAUGUCCAACAAUUCAAACCAGAAGAAAUCAAUGUGAAAGUUGUCGACAAGUAUGUUAUUGUUGAAGGUAAGCAUGAAGAAAAGCAGGAUGAACAUGGAUCCAUCUCUCGUCAUUUUGUUCGUAAAUAUCUGAUACCAGAACAAUGCAACCUCGAUCAAGUUACCUCUAGUCUUUCAUCUGAUGGUGUUCUUAGCAUUACUGCUCCUCGUAAAGAACAGUCUAAAACUACAAAUGAAAAGGUUGUGAAGAUUGAACAUACUGGUAAACCUGCUAUUAAGGAGUCUGUUGAGAAGAAGGUUGAGAAGAAAGAUGAUAAGAAAUAAAAAAAAAACAUUUCUAAAUAUUUUAAGUUAAGUUUGAGUCAUUACUUAAGUAUUUUUAAUUUAAACUCAUUUUCUCACCAAUGUUCCUUUUUAUUUCAUUCACUUCUGCUAAAUCGUUUAUCAAGACUGUACACUAAUGUUAAUUAAAACCUUGUAUUAGUCUUUGUAAUAAAAAAAAAUAAAAUUUCGUUGAACGAAAA